CCGGGCCGAGCACCGCCGCAGCUGGCCGCAGCUUGCCUUCCGUGUGCAGUGAGGGAGAAGGGCAGGUGCUGCCGGGGGCGAGGGUCCCGAGCUCCAAUCCCUUUCUCAGGGUGACCGGGCUGCCCGCUGUCCCUGCUGCCCCAGUGGGGCUCGGCCUGACCCGCCACCUGUGUCCCGGUUGCGCCAUGGAUCCUUCGGAGAAGAAGAUAUCGGUGUGGAUCUGCCAGGAAGAGAAACUGGUGUCUGGCCUCUCCCGCCGAACCACUUGCUCAGACGUAGUGCGGGUGCUCUUGGAGGACGGCUGCCGGCGGCGACGGCGGCAGCGGCGGGGCCGGCGGCGGGGGGCGGCCGGCGACCCGCCAGGCCCGGAGGAGCUGCCGGAAGCCCUGGACGAGGACGACGAGGAUGACGAUGAGGCGCUGCCGCAGGGCUUGCUGUGCGGGCCCCCGCAAUGCUACUGCAUCGUGGAGAAGUGGCGGGGCUUUGAGCGCAUCCUGCCCAACAAGACGCGCAUUUUGCGCCUCUGGGCCGCCUGGGGCGACGAGCAAGAGAAUGUACGCUUUGUGCUGGUGCGUAGCGAGGCGUCACUGCCCAACGCGGGUCCCCGCAGUGCCGAGGCACGCGUUGUGCUCAGUCGCGAGCGCCCCUGCUCGGCCCGGGGGGUCCCGGCGCGGCCCAGCCUGGUUAUGACCCAGGAGAAACAGCGGCGGGUGGUGCGCAAGGCCUUCCGAAAGCUGGCCAAGCUUAACCGAAGGCGCCAGCAACAGCCGUCGUCGCCCUGUUCGUCCACUUCGUCGUCCACCACCUCGUCCUGCUCGUCGUCGCCGAGGGCUACCGAGAGCGCGUCGGUGGAGCGCAUGGAGACGCUGGUGCAUUUGGUACUUUCCCAGGACCACACCAUCCGUCAGCAGGUGCAGCGGCUCCGGGAGCUGGACCGCGAGAUUGAUCGCUACGAGGCCAAGGUGCACCUGGACCGCAUGCGGCGGCAUGGAGUCAACUACGUGCAGGACACUUACUUGGUGGGUGCAGGCAUCGAGCUCGACGGGCCCGGCCCGGGAGAGGAGCCAGAGCCGGCGGAGACCGCGGAGGCGGCGGCGGCGGUAACGGCAACGGCAACGCCGCCCCUGGACGGCGAGACUCAGGCUGUCGCUCUCGAGGAGCUGACCCGGCGCUGCGACGACCUGCUGCGGCUUCAGGAGCAGAGGGCCAGGCAGGAGGAGUUGCUCGAGCGCCUCUCAGCCGAAAUCCAGGAGGAGCUGAACCAGAGGUGGAUGCGGAGGCGCCAGGAGGAGCUCGCGGCGCAGGAAGAGCCUCCCGAGCCGGAUGGCGGCCUGGACGGUGAGCUGCUGCUGGAGCAGGAGCGGGUCAGGACGCAGCUCAGCACCAGCCUCUACAUCGGGCUCCGACUCAACACGGACCUGGAGGCCGUCAAGUCGGACUUGGAUUACAGCCAGCAACAGUGGGACAGCAAGGAGCGCGAGCUACAGGGCCUUCUCCAGACUUUGCACACGCUGGAGCUGACAGUAGCGCCGGAUGGGACUCCGGUCUCAGGCGGACCCUCGCGGGAACCCCGGCCUCAGGCCACUGCGGAAAUCUGGGUGGACCAGGCCCGCGGACUGGCCAAGAGCUGUCCUGGGAACGACGAGGACUCGGAUACCGGGCUGAGCUCUAUGCACAGCCAAGACUCGGACUCGGUGCCCGUGUGCGAAUCCCUUGUGUAGGAGCAGCAGGGUGGGAGAGGAUGCUUCUCCCUUCCUUGUGGAAAGCACCGGCUUUGCCGGCUCAGGGACUUGAAACCAGGCGACGGGGGUGGGGGUAGGGGUGUUCCUGCCGCUCCUGCCGGGCAGCAGCCCUCUGACUGGGCCUGGGAGGGCUGGGGACGCCUUCCCCGCAGCGGUGCUCCUCUGGCCGCGGAGUGAAUGUGGAGGAGGGUGCGGGACCAGGAAGCCCGGUCUCUUAUUACAAGCUCUUUUAGGGGGAGAAAGGAGGGAGGAGGUAAGAACCCCCUAUACUGGAAAAUAAACGCUCCAGGAAAUUGACGUGGUCCAAGCCCAUUUUCAAAAACAGAAAAAAAGUAUUAUGGAAAUUUCACCAAUCUUCUGUAUGGGAAAGACUGAUGGCAGCUAGAACUUUAGUUUGUGCAGAAAGUGCUUUUUAAAGAAACACUUGGAUGAAAAGGAAAUUCCUUGAAUGUUGAUUGUGACUGUGAACGUGUUAAAACUAGCCAAAGAGGACGCACUGGUGUUGGUCUCAGCCUUACUUACAUCUUUGAUAAAACCCAUAGGCACCAAAAUCCUGGCUGUUUACAUUUCUACAGAUUCGGGAAUUACCCAUCUGCUAAACUCUUUGCCUUUUAUUUUCAUUCAAAGACUAACUCCGUAUUUCCUCCUAGAAAAUACAGUGUAUGUUAAAAUAGAGUCCUUUUCCUAAAAUCAUCUUUUAUUUUUACAAAAGCCAAACCUAACCCUUUGAGAUAGAAUUGUGGUAGACAUAACCCCUGGUUAAAAUUUAAUCUAGACCCUUUGCGAUUUGCUCCUGCAAAGGUAUGUGUGUUGUCCUUUUAUUCUUACUGCCAUUUCAUCCCUUCAGUCACUGUUACUUCAGAAAAAAAAUAAAAGGGAAAUUGCAGAAUUCAAGUACAACUACAGUGGCUGUUUAAUGAGCACUUGGUUGAAACUAAGCCUUCAAAGCAAGUAUCUUUGUUAGUGUUCAGCUUUUUAACUAAAUAAACUACAUGAUUAAAACCAACAGUGACCUCAACAGAUUUUACCAAACAAACCCAAGUCUAACUUCAGUACCUUUAGUCAGAGAUUAAUUAGUUACUUGUCCAAACUUAAACUGAGAGAUAGUGUAAAUAUCAAGGUUUACUAGAUAAGAGCUGAAAAGAAAACAUGAAAUAAAACAAUCUAAUUGUACACCUUGGGUGAAGAAUUUGGUUAACAACGGCACGUAGCCAUAGAUAAAAGCAUAUAAAAUUGA